AUGGAUCCAAGUAUAUACCAACAACAACCUCAACAACCGCAACAACCGAGCCGGGCUCCUUAUCCUUUCUCAGGGAAUCCUCAAGGAUCUUCAACAGUUAUGGGCGCUGGUGCAUAUUCUGAGCAGUAUAUGACAAAUAACGCAUAUGGUACUGGCAUCAAUCAAAUGAUGCCAAUCCCUGCUCGUCCCGUAUAUCCAAUUGCAUCUAUAACGGGAAAUGGUAGAGCAACAGCAAAAAGAGCACUAGGCUCGGGAGCACAGGUACAACCUAUGUUUUCAAAUAUGGGCCAGACUUCCAAUCAGAAUCAACUCUAUACGACUGGGUUUCCUAAUCAAAUAGUUGGAAGGUCGACAGUUCCUACGCAAUCCUUUGUAAAUACUGAUAAUCAAAAUAUAGACGGUAAAUCUCCAACACCAAUACAGCAAAAUGCUUAUGCAUCAUCUAUACAAAAUAUAAAUAAAUAUUAUGGACAAUUACAAAAGUCCAAUUCCAUUGGAAAUAAUUUCAAUAGUCUGUUAAAUCAAAAUCAAUCUCAACAUUCCCAACAAUCAAAUCAAGCAAUACAUAAUUCUAUCCAACAAGAAGAAAGCCAGGUUGAUUGGUUAGACUUGGGAGAUGAUGAAGAAGUUGUAUAUGAUUUUAAUUGUUCAACAGAAUUCACGAGUAAUUCGAGUGGUAUGGGUAACAAUAUACAAGGGUGGAAUUCCAAUUCAAUUCAAAGCAAUUUAAAUUUUGGAUCUCAAAAUACGUCAAAACCAUAUUCUUCAAUUAAUCAAAAUAAUAUUCAACAAUCACCACAACAAUUGCAAGAAGAUCAACAAUUACAACAAACAAUAUCAGAACAGCAACAACAGCAAGAACGGCAAUCAACACCACAACCAUUAUCUCAACAACAACAUUCACAACCUCCGUCAAUACAUAUUACGCAGCCAUCACAACAGCAACUACAACGAGAAGACGCUAGUUAUGCUUAUUCCUCUAUUCCAUCUCUCCCUUCAAGUAACGUUUCACAAAAUUUGUCUCCAAAAAGUAUACAGAAUAGUUCUUUGGGAAUGUUGCCUCGUUCACCUAAUCCGUCAUCUGAUUCUAGUAGACAAUCAUCAGUAUAUGUUAGUCAAAAUCAAGGUCAGGCAGGAUCACAAUUAGGACAAUUUACUAAAAUGGCACCAAAUGUAAAUUAUUCUCAGCCAUCGACGCAGUCUUCAUUAUCAACAGAAAUGCCAUCUAAUUCUAGUAUUCAGAAUGCAAUCGUCGACCAUUAUAAUCAAUCACCGCAAUCAACAGUAGAAUCAAAAUCUAAUUCAUUAAUUAAUUUGCGCACAGCAACACAAGAACAUCAAGGAGAAUCCACGUCAAUUUUGCCAUCAAAUGACAACCAGAAUUCGUUUAAUGCGAAUGUUCAAGUAACUUCUGCGAACUCAAGAAUAACACCAUCUACAGAUAUUCCUAAAGAUAUUAAUAAUAUUCCGUUUAAUACAGAGAUGCUUGGCAGUGCACUUCAUUCGAUGAAUAAUAGCAAUAAUGGCAAUAAUAAUAGUAAUAAUCCGCAGCAACAGCCGCAGCCCCCCAAUCAAAUUGGGAAUAUAACUCAAAACACUAUUGUUGAGAAUGUUACGCCUAAUCUUCGUUUACCCGUUAAUAGCGGUAUAGCUGGACGCAGGAACAUUACUUCUAGACAAGUUUCUCGACAACCUGAUAAAACAAUUUCUGUUUCAAAUAAUUUGCCUUUAAUAUCUUCCGAUCAACCACCAUCGAUAAAACCUACUCAUCCUAAGCCUCCAAAGGUGAACUAUGCCCCGAAAACAAGAAGAGUGGAUAGUUAUGGUGGCCUCGAUUUGAGAGUUUUUGAAAAGUUUUCUUUGCCAUUAACUAUUCCAGGAAUUCAAGAUUUAGGUGCAGUGGACGUACAUGCUCUUACAAUGUCCUUGAAAUGUGGUAUGAAACUGGAAGUCAUAAAUGCUCUUAAUACAUUAACCACGUUAUCAUACUAUAGAAGUGCUCAGAUAGAUUUAAAGCAAUGUGGAGAUUUAGUUGAUGUGUUAUUUGAUAUGAUUUUGGAAUACGUUGAUCAUGUAUCGCCUGUUAAUGAAAAAAUAACGGAAGAAAUUAUAUCACAACGAAAAUUUAAAUCAUAUCGAGAAUUAUAUCAAUUAUCUAAACAAGAAUGUGAAGAGUUCGCUGAUGUAGCAUUAGAGGAUGCUGCCAUCUCUGGAGAUGUUUUGCCACUGCAUGAACAAUGUUGGUGUGUAAUAAAUAUGAUAAGGAAUUUCUCAUUCACUAAUGAUAAUAAUGAAAAUCACGAAUAUCUUGCAACUCAUCCUCGAUUCUUGACAGUUCUUAUGCGGGUUUUGUACAUUGGAUAUGACGAUAGUUUUAAGCUAUAUAAAGAAAACGAUAUUGGGCCUGAUGUCAAAACUAAACGUAUAAAAGCUAUUCGAAAAAAAGCGUAUGAUAUCUUGGAAUUACGCAAAAGUGUUUUAAUUAUUCUAUCAAACAUUGCUGCAUAUGUACCUUUACCGUCUAUUUAUGUCGCGAGAGACUUGUUAAUUUUAAUUGCUGAUUUUAUUGACAGCAUGGAUGAUUAUUAUUCUCAAGUUGCAUUAGAAGUGUUCGCUAAAUUAUCCGUUUCAUACGACAAUAGACAACGGAUUGGUGGAUGCGAUGAAUCUACGCUAAUUUCAUUUUUUAAUUGCUUAGUACAAAUGCUCCCAAAGGGAGAAAAUAAUAUUAUCACUGGUGGUGGGGGGCGUCUAAUGGCUCAAGAAUUACCUUAUUUAAUUAUGUCAUUUUAUAAUUUUGCGUGCCUGAGCGGGGAAGGAAUGAGGAAAAAAAUAAUUUCUACACCUGGAUUUAUUAAUCGGAUGCUUAAAAUGUCAAUACUACUGGCUCAUAAUCGUGAUGAGGAUUGUAUUAUGUUAGCUAGAAGAGCUAUGGAAACGCUGAAGGUUUUAGCUAAAGGAAAUGAGGAAAGUUUUCUUGUAUAUACUGAACAAUUAUUAUCUGCACUAUUAAAUCCAUAUAUAGAUCCAGUUGUGGUCAAAGAUUUGGAGAGUGUUAUGUAUCCCGGUGAUGUAUGA